AUGUUAGGUACGAUCGUAUACGAUUCUACAAUGGUGACGGAUGACCAGCUCGUAGAAGGUAUAAAUGAUAUGGGCUUUGAGGCGAAGUUAUUAAGUACUGCAGUGGUGCUUGAUUCUGUUGGCUUAAAUGAAUCAGCCCAAACGAAGAAUCCUCUCAUUCGGUUUACUACUCCUCACAAAGGUGAAGUGUCGAUGCCAGCUUCGAAACACGGUGUAGAGGUGUGGUUUUGA